AUGUUAAAGGAUACUAUGAGAUUGUAUGCUGAUGAGAUAUCAUUAGGAUCCUAUGAGAUUAAUAAAUUCUAUCAUAGAUCUUGGCAUGAUUGGUGGUUGUUAGAAAAUGAUGUGCAGGUUAAGUCAAACUGUGGUACCAUACAACAAGAAGUUGGAGUUGAGACUGAUAGUGAUGGGGAUAUGAAUGAUAGUGACUCAUCAGACUAUGAAUCUUUUUAUGAUAGUGAGUAUGACAUAAUUGAUGAUCAAUUAUAUGAGACAUUUGUUGACAAGAAAGUUGAAUUUUUUGGUAAGGACAAGGGGAAUGGGGUUGACAAAGGGAAAGGUGUUGAUAGUGAAAGAGGCACAACAAAGGAUGUUGAUAAUGCUUUGUAUGCUGAAGACUAUGACGGUGAAGAGUUAUUAAGUCUUAAUGGUUCAUCAUUGGAAAACGAGGAAGGAGGACAUUGUGGCAGCUAUGGAAAAUGCAUCACAAAGUGGUUCAAGGUUAGAAGGAAAAGAAAUACAUCAUGUCCCUCAGCUAGACAACCCCAAGCUACUCAACCACAAACUACUUCAACACAACUUGCUUGGAGGCCACCAAGAAAAACUUCAACACCACCUGUGUUGAUGCCACCCCAAGCUGGUGCAGCACAACCUAUCCUACCCAAGCAAACCAAGUCUGCACUAGCUCCUACACAACACUCCAAAUCUGCACCAAUUCCUACACAACACUCCAACUCAUCCAAGAAAGUAAGGAAGACAAAAAAUGUAGUGGGGACACAGUGA